AUGAAGGUCCUAAAGCUUGAGGAAGGAUCAAACAGUAAAGAAGGUGCUAUUAUUCAGGUACUACCUGAAGAUAAAGAAGAUCUAUUUGCUUUGUACCAAAUAAUCGAAAAUGAAGAUGAGUUGAUAUUCAAGAAAAAAUUCACCUCAAAAAGGGAAGAAGAUAGCAAAAAGAGUACCGAGCUAGUUAAACUGAAAAUACAAGUAGUUUCCAGAGAUUUUGAUAUGAAAGAAGAAUAUUUGAAAUUCAAAGGUACUACGGUUGCGGAUGAUUCAGGAAGGAUCAAUGUUGACGUUCCAGUUGGAAAAUUUAUUAGCUUUUCAGUUAACUAUGCCUAUCCCUUCACAAUUAUAAAGCAGAGUUUUGAUAAAUAUGCCAGAAAAAUGCUUGAAGAAGCUAGUCAGCCAGAAUUAAGAUCAGACACGGCAGCAGUCGUCCUGCAAGAGGGAGUUGCACAUAUAUGCGUUUUGACAACAUCCUCAACUAUCGUAAAACAAAAAAUUGAAUAUAGCUUGCCAAAAAAAAAAAGAUCUACUGAUGUAAUGAAAUUUAAUGAAAAGAUAGAAAAAUUUUAUAAAGCAAUCUACAACGGUAUGAAAAAACAUUUUGAUCUAUCGAAAUUGAAAAUGAUUUUGCUAUGUUCACCAGGCUUUUAUGCCAAGACCCUUAUGGAAAAAGUGAUAUUUUACGCAAAUGAAGAACAUAAUAAGGAGAUCCUUGACAAUCAGUCCAUAUUUUUGGUUGCUCACUGUUCGACAGGUUAUUUACAGGGUAUAAACGAGGUUUUAAAAGAUCCAGCUUAUGCCACAAAACUUAAGGAUACCAAAUAUUCUAAGGAGGCUAUGGUAAUGGAUGAUUUUCUACGCCAUUUGAAUGAUGAUGAUUAUAAAGCAUGGUAUGGUGAAAAUGAAGUGAGGAAGGCUGCUGAUAUGGGAGCAAUUGACUCAAUAUUAGUUACCGACUCUUUUGUCCGUUCUCAUGAUGUAAGCGAACGAAAGAAAAAUCUGGAGUUGAUUGAUUCUGUAGAACGAAAUGGAGGUGUAGCAUACGUGUUCAGCACCCUGCACAUCUCUGGAGAAGAGUUGGAAAAGCUAACGGGUAUAGCAUGUAUUUUAAAAUAUCCUCUACCAGAUUUAGAUGAGGAUUCUGACGAAGAAUAA